GAUAGCAUGACGAACAGCUGAUUCGAAAACAAAUAACAGCUGGCAAUGCUUUUAUAAUUCUUUUGGUUUUACUCGAUUUCACGUGAAUUAUUAGCAACAUAAAUAAAACUUAACUUAUUUUUGGCAUGGGUCAGGUGGUUUCAAUGGUUGCCCGCAAGGCCAAUCGCUUCAAUGUCGAGAAUCGUGCCCAUCGCGUCCUCGAGCGCGAGAAGCCCACGCCGGCGCCCAAAUUUGACUCGAAUUUGAGAGACAUGGAGCGCACCUUGGAAUUGGAUCCCAAGUUCGUGGACAAGCUCAAUAUGAAAGACUCCAGCUUGGACGGGCGAUUGAAAGACGUUUAUGUAACCUCGCAGGAUCGAUUUAUCAAGCGAGUGCAGGAGCGCCAGGCAGCUGAGGCGGCGGCGGACAAAGUGGAACAGCGACCACUGCCCCUGGAACGCCAAACGCCGGAUGAUUUCGAGUACGGAUAUCUGGAGCCCAACCGAAUCAGCCCCGGUCAUUGCACACUGCGCCAGGCGCUUAAGUUCAUCAAUGACCACCAGUUGGAUCCGGAAUCCUGGCCAGCCAAGAAGAUAGCCAAUGAAUACAAGCUAAAGGAGCCUCUAGUUGAAAACAUACUGCACUACUUUAAAACCUUUAAUAUGUAUAUACCCGACCAGAAGUACAAAGACACGAUGCUAACUCAAGCCACGCAGCCCCUUCUGCGGGUUAAAUCGAGCUCGGAGGGUAAUCCGUAAAUAAAUCACUCUUGUUCUUUGUUUUAAAUCUA